GCAACCUACUCUUGUCCCUGUGUCACGCAGCUGCGCACCUCCUCAAAGGCGCCGUUGUUUCAUUUGCGCCAUUUUGUCCGCUCACUUUGUUGAUUGGGCUUUAGCGAGCUGUACUAGAGCCAAUCAGAGGGAAACCGGACAGCGAAGAUACGAGAGGGUUGUGACAAUAAGCUAUGGAGCAGUACACAACUGCCACCACUACUACUGGGGAGCAGAUAGUUGUGCAGACUUCCAAUGGACAGAUCCAACAGCAGACACAGGGCACAGUGACGGCUGUGCAGUUGCAAACAGAAGCGCCAGUGGUGACGGCCUCAGGCCAGCAGGUGCAGACACUCCAGGUAGUCCAGGGACAGCCUCUGAUGGUCCAGGUGAGUGGUGGGCAGCUCAUCACAUCAUCAGGGCAACCCAUAAUGGUGCAGGCCAUGUCGGGGGGUCAGGGUCAAACCAUUAUGCAGGUCCCUGUAUCUGGAGCGCAGGGGUUACAGCAGAUCCAGCUGGUGCAGCCGGGUCAGAUACAGCUGCAGGGCGGUCAGACUCUCCAGCUCCAGGGCCAGCAGGGUCAGCCCCAACAGAUAAUCAUCCAGCAGCCCCAGACAGCCAUCACUGCUGGACAGAACCAGGGGCAGCAGAUCAGCGUGCAGGGCCAACAGGUGGCACAGACAGCUGACGGACAGACUAUUGUAUACCAGCCCGUCAAUGCAGAUGGUACCAUCCUGCAGCAGGGAAUGAUCACAAUUCCAGCUGCCAGCCUGGCAGGUGCCCAGAUUGUACAGGCAGGGGGUGCCAACACCAACACUACUAACAGCGGCCAAGGCACUGUGACCGUGACCCUGCCCGUCUCCGGCAACAUGGUCAAUGCAGGUGGAAUGGUCAUGGUAAGACCCUGUACAGAGAUGGUGCCUGGAGGUGGCGCAGUUCCCACAAUGCAGCGUAUUCCCCUGCCAGGGGCUGAGAUGCUCGAGGAGGAACCUCUGUAUGUCAACGCCAAACAGUACCACCGCAUCCUGAAGCGUAGACAGGCCCGGGCCAAGCUGGAGGCUGAGGGCAAGAUCCCCAAGGAAAGGAGGCAGAAAUACCUACACGAGUCUCGCCACCGUCACGCUAUGCAGCGCAAGCGAGGAGAUGGUGGACGUUUCUUUUCACCUAAGGACAAGGAGGAAAUGGCUUUGGCUCUGGCACAGCAACAGCAGGAGGUAGCCCAGGCAGCGGCAGAUGAGACGGUGGCUCAGAUGAUCCGAGUCUCAUAGCACUUCUGUCUGUGAACUCUACCCCGAGACUCUUCACUCAAGCUAACCUGAUCUGCCGCGCCUUCUCCUCUGACUUUUACUCCCUCCUGCCCUGCCGUCAUAAAGUACACCAAACCACAGCACCGCAACUGGGUUUCUUCUAUUAUCUCUCCUCUCCUAUACUGGUCUUCCAGGGAGCUGACCAUGUGGAUGCUGAGUCUGUGGACUUUACUGGUCUUCUCUGGAAUGGAGGAUGCUUAUACCCUCAGCUUAUCUGGUUAAGCGUUGGCGACCAGCUUUUAAUUUUCACAAUUAUUUGUUUAGACAAUAAUGAAGCAUGGUGUUAUGGGUUACCAGGACUAGUCACUCAGAGCAAAUAUCAGCUGUGAAGCCAUGUCAGACCCUGGUCUGUUAAAAAGAUGAGAAUGUGUCACCAGUGGAUACUUGUUGCUUUAAAAAUGUUUUGUAAAUGGUACAGAUUUUUUUUCAGAGACACUCAUGACGCAUUGGUGUCAUAUCUUUUAUGUGAUGCCCUGUAUUUUGACAUUUCAUUUUUUUUCAACCCAUGUACUGUGGGGGAUGGACUCAGCUUCAUAAGUCCAACCUGUGUCCACUGAGCAAAAACUGAAAUGUGUACUGUAGCUAAUGUGAAGAUAUUGUACAGAAAUUCUUUUCUUCCCCAGUGUGUAUUGGAUGUACUUAUUAAUUUGCCCAAUUCUGUGGAUGCGUUUUAUACAAUUUUGUGUUUACACAUAGUGUUUGUAGGCAAAAAAUGACUGUUUCAUCACAUUACAAAUUCUAUCCAUGUAGUUAAUUCUUCAUUGGUCAGUCCAACGAAGUGUUCUGUUUUUUUCAAUGUAGAUAGUAGAUUUUUUUUUUUUUUUUACCCAUCAGAUGCAGUUCUGCAAUGUUAUUUUAUUAUUUUUUUUAUAAUGGGAAAAAGAUUGGACAUUCAUGAAACCUAUGUCAAUUAAAUUUUAUUAAGUGACUCAA